AAUACAUACCAGCUGUGUUACAAGUAUUAACAGAAAGUUGAUAAAUAAAAAAACGGAUAUUUAGUACAAUCAAAAUAAUGUAAUUUUUCGCGUUAUUACUUAAGUCAAUGUGAAAUGAAGGAAUGAAAAUUAGUUAAAAUCACGUCAAACAUUUGGCAGCAGUUUUGUUUAUAUUUUUAGCCAUACGUAUAUGGACGUUAAUCGAUCGGAAUGCAGAGUAAAGUGCAUCCAAUCCAGCUGAAUUGUUGUAUUUGGAUUCGAUCAAGUAAUAUUACGUUGAUUGGUAUGUCAUGAUAAUACCAGCACCACCUAGAAUUCUUUUAGUAGUAGUCAAUAACAGCUGAUGCGAAACCGGUAGUUUGUAAAUUUUUCAAAUUGAAAUCGAUCAUUGGCCAUCAGCGUUGUUGUUGCCUCGGUCUUUAUGUAAUUCAUAAUGGACGGUAUACCUUCCAUAUAUGGAAGAAUUGGGAAUGUUUGGAGAUUCCGAGUCUGAAAGCGAUUCUGAAAAGGAGAAUCAUUUACAACGGUCGUCAGACAACUUUGUGGAAUUUAUGGACAUUGAUGUUGAGCCUUGUAUAGAUGCAGGUAGUAAUGAAAAGCAAGGAAGGGAACGUUUCUACUCAAGAGUACUACAACGGCAAUCAUUAAACGGAGCUAGUAAUGAAAGUGACAUUGAUCUAGAAUCACCUUUCCGAAGACGUGGCUUGACGUCAUGCAACUCUAGCAAUUCUAACAUUGGCGAUAAAAAUUAUGAUGAAUCCUUCGUCCUUCCCGGUGUCGAUCGAUCCUCCACUUCCACAAAAAAUCGGUUACAGAGAAGGAAGUAAAAACGUAAAUACGAAAAUCGCUAUUUGACCAGAUGCAAGAUGAAAAGGGGCGAAUCACUCCAAACAACUUCAGAUAAAUGACCAGUUAAAGAGAGUAUUGGGUCACGAUAAUGAGUCGACAGUCAGAAUGCAAGUGACCUUGGAGUGUUGCUCUUAACAUAAAUCAAUAUGCAGAUCUUUGUAGAAAAUUUUCCGAAAUUUAUAGUAAUCCGAAUUUGUCCAGGUAAGUCCGUUAACUGUGUUCAACAUGUAAAUUAUUUUUUCCCAACUUUAAGGAUUACAGGUCGAGAGAACUUGACGGUUACUUGAGGAAAGUGUCUUCUUAACGUUGAAAUAAAGCUUUUGUUCUCAAAAUAUGUUCCUCAUGAUUGUUCAUAAAGUUCAAAGUUUAUUAAAAAGCCCCACUG